UAAAAUUAAUGUUACUAUCUUCUUUUUUUAACAUAUUUUGGGGGCCAGGGGAGGGGCCCGUACCCCCGGGCUCCCAUCCUGGAUCCGCCACUGUUCUAUCCCAUUGACCUCUACCCUCUAGAUCAAUAGCGUCUUUUUUUUCAAGCACACAAUAAAAUGUAUGGUGUCAGACUUUUUCUUCCCUAAUACUGGAGGUGUUGAGAGUCAUAUCUAUCAGUUAUCACAAUGUUUGUUAGCCAGAGGUCAUAAGGUGGUUGUGAUCACCCAUGCAUACGGUGAAAGAACAGGGAUCAGAUACCUUACAAACUUUCUCAAGGUAUAUUACUUGCCAUUUGGACCAUUCUACAACCAGUGUGUCCUACCUACAGUGUUUACAACCCUGCCUCUUAUUAGGAAUAUACUCAUCAGAGAAAACAUCUCCAUCGUUCAUGGGCACUCAUCGUUCUCUACAAUGGCCCAUGAAGCGAUGUUUCAUGCUAAGACCAUGGGUUUAAAGACAGUCUUUACAGACCAUUCUCUCUUUGGUUUCGCUGAUGCGAGUUCCAUCAUCACCAACGCCAUCCUUCAGUUCUCAUUGGCUGAUGUCAAUCAUGUGAUCUGUGUGUCACACACAAGUAAAGAGAACACUGUCCUGAGGGCAUCUAUGUCACCUAGUCUGGUCUCGGUCAUACCCAAUGCUGUGGAUCCUACCGUCUUCAAACCUGAUACGUCCAAGAGGAAACAUGAUAGAAUAACAAUCGUGAUAGUGAGUCGUCUGGUGUACAGGAAGGGUAUGGAUCUACUUGCCGCCAUCAUUCCUAUCAUAUGCGAAACACAUCAAGAUGUAGAUUUCCUCAUUGGUGGAGAUGGGCCGAUGAGAAUCAAUAUUGAAGAAGUAAGAGAGCGUUACCUGCUCCAGGAACGGGUCACUAUGCUGGGGGCUGUCCAACAUUCGAAUGUCAAAAACGUGCUGAACCAAGGAGACAUAUUCAUCAAUGCAUCACUAACUGAAGCCUUUUGUAUAGCCAUUGUGGAAGCAACUCUUUGUGGAUUACAGGUUGUGAGUACGAGAGUAGGAGGAGUGCCAGAAGUCUUGCCUGAAGAUCUUAUACUACUUGUUGAACCUAGUGUAAAAGGUAUCUUGAGUGGAUUAGAAGAAGCCAUAUCAAGGAGAAGAAUGGGAACCUUUCUGUGUCCUGAGGCCGUCUAUCAACGCAUGGCUCAUGUCUAUACCUGGCAAAAUGUUGCCAAGAGAACAGAGAAAGUUUAUGACAGCAUAUUGAAUGAUGAAACUCUUAGCCUGCCACAACGGUUUGAUUGCUACUACAAGUGUGGACCAGCAGCAGGAAAAUUCUUUGUUCUUCUUGCAGCGAUCAACUUCAUUUUCUUCUGGUUCUUGGAGUGGUUUUCUCCGAGAGAGUAUAUUGACAUGGUUCCUGGAAUGCCAGAAGUAAAGUCAUCGACCAAAGGAACGGAAUGCCCUUCUGCUACCACUAGGACUGUAGAUCCUUCUGCAACUAAAGACUAUCCUGCAUUGAGUCACAGAGUAACAAGGUCUAAGGCAAGGAGAAAGCAAGUUGUACAGAGUUGAUAGAGGGCUAUCAAGAGACUUUAGAUCCUUCUGCAACUAAAGACUAUCCUGCAUUGAGUCACAGAGUAACAAGGUCUAAGGCAAGGAGAGAGCAAGUUGUACAGAGUUGAUAGAGGGCUAUCAAGAGACUUUAGAUCCUUCUGCAACUAAAGACUAUCCUGCAUUGAGUCACAGAGUAACAAGGUCUAAGGCAAGGAGAAAGCAAGUUGUACAGAGUUGAUAGAGGGCUAUCAAGAGACUUUAGAUCUUUCUGCAACUAAAGACUAUCCUGCAUUGAGUCACAGAGUAACAAGGUCUAAGGCAAGGAGAAAGCAAGUUGUACAGAGUUAAUAGGGCUAUCAAGAGACUUUAGAUCCUUCUGCAACUAAAGACUAUCCUGCAUUGAGUCACAGAGUAACAAGGUCUAAGGCAAGGAGAAAGCAAGUUGUACAGAGUUGAUAGAGGGCUAUCAAGAGACUUUAGAUCUUUCUGCAACUAAAGACUAUCCUGCAUUGAGUCACAGAGUAACAAGGUCUAAGGCAAGGAGAAAGCAAGUUGUACAGAGUUAAUAGGGCUAUCAAGAGACUUUAGAUCCUUCUGCAACUAAAGACUCUCCUGCAUUGAGUCACAGAGUAACAAGGUCUAAGGCAAGGAGAAAGCAAGUUGUACAGAGUUGAUAGAGGGCUCUCAAGAGACUUUAGAUCCUUCUGCAACUGAAGUCUCUCCUGCAUUGAGUCACAGAGUAACAAGGUCUAAGGCAAGGAGAAAGCAAGUUGUACAGAGUUGAUAGAGGGCUAUCAAGAGACUAUAGAUCCUUCUGCAACUGAAGACUAUCCUGCAUUGACUCACAGAGUAACAAGGUCUAAGGCAAGGAGAAAGCAAGUUGUACAGAGUUGAUAGAGGGCUAUCUAGAGACUUAUAUAGUUAUCCUUAGUUGACAGUGAGAGACUCAGAGGAUGGACCACAUCUUGCAGUGCGGCAGGACGGGUUGCACAGAUGAAGAC